AUGUCGUGCGCCAGUAACAUAGUUGUAGGCGGAGGCACCGGCUUCAUCGGAAGAAUGCUGUGCAACAAAUUGCAGACGAAAGGAUACGGAGUGACCGUCGUAUCCCGCAUGCCCGGCGCCAACCGCUUAUCCUGGGACGAGCUCAAGCAAAACGGCCUCCCCGACGGCACCAAAGCCGUAGUCAAUCUAGCCGGCCAGAACGUCAUGGACAUGAGCCGAAGAUGGACGGCCGGCUUCAAGCAAAACGUCUACUUCUCCCGAGUCAACACGACCAAGACGCUCGCCUGCUUGAUCGACGCCGCCCCCGCCAAGCCCGAGGCGUUCGUGACCAUAUCGGGCGUCGGUAUAUACAAGCCGGACUGCGACAAGGAGUACACCGAGGAGUCCGAAACCAAACCGUACGAUUUCUUCUCCGAUUUGUGCAAAGAUUGGGAGGCGGCGGCGCAGUUCGAGCGAACGGACACGCGCGAGCAAUGCAGGAUAGUCACGAUCCGCAGCGGGGUCGUGUUGGGGAAGGACGGCGGGAUGAUCAAGCAAAUGUACUUGCCGUUCUAUCUGGGCCUAGGCGGUCCUAUUGGCGACGGAAAGCAGUACAUGCCUUGGAUUCACCUGUGCGAUAUCACCAAUCUCAUUAUUCACGCUAUCGAAUGUUCCACUGUUAAAGGAGUCUUGAACGGAGUGGCACCGCAGCCCUGCACCAACAUGGAUUUUACGAAGGCCUUCGGUAAAGCUUUGUACCGACCCACGUUAAUACCAGUACCUAAAAUGGCUAUGAAUUGUUUAUUAAACAAAGAACGAGCCAUUAUGAUUACUGAAGGUCAGAAAGUUUUACCUAAAAAGACCCUUUCGACAGGCUUCGAGUUCCAAUAUCCCGAUAUCGAAUCUGCUUGCAAACAAGUAGUCUCGACUCACCAGUAA